AAGUGAUAGCGAACUACGAGGCAAUUCGACACCGGCAGACGUCUUUUUAUCGUCGCUCUUUACAUCAGCCCUUGAGAGUGAGACCAAUUCGAGCAGCUUGACUGUCUGCGCAUCUGGUCGAGGGACAAAAUGGCGUACCGUCUCAUAACCCAAGUUGUGAUUAUCGGCACUCGUACACUAGGACGUGCCUUCAGUGAAGCCUACAAACAAGCGCAAGCCUCGUCCAACUACGCGCGCGCCCAAGCCAAGAUAAAUCCAAAUGGCACCGGGUCACGCGGCAGCCUCAGCAGCGGCAUGACCCUCGACGAAGCCUGCAAAAUCCUAAACGUCAAGCCGCCACAGGGAGGGAAAGCAAAUAUGGAAGAGGUCAUGGACCGGUUCAAGCGCCUGUUCGAUGCAAAUGAUCCUCAGAAGGGCGGCAGUUUCUACUUACAGAGCAAGGUCCUGAGAGCAAGGGAGCGGAUCGAGUCCGAGGUGAGACCUUUGAUGGAGAAGGCGGCACAGGAGGCCGAGAUCAAGGAGGGAUUCAAGCCCAAGGUGUACAAGGACCGGUAGUCCUGCCACCAGGGAAUUAGCAAAAGAGUUUGGUCGAAAUCCGCCCCGAACCCGACGAGGUGAGACGCUAUCAUCUCGCACACAACCCGCGAUACAUACACACACCUCUUCACUCGAUUGCGGCAUGACCUGGCGUUUACGGUAGGGACAUUCUGGUAAGGACUCA